UCCAGGGGUAUUUUUUAAGAUUGCGUGUGGUUUAUCAAUACUUCAGCCAGAUGGCCAUAAUACGUCGACCGAUCAUCAUUUCACUAUCGCUAGGGGCGUAUGGGUACGCCCCGUUCGAUACGAUACGCCCGAAUCGAUUUUAAAACGAAUGAACUAAACUGCAGUAUAGUUUCUGUCAGCACACAGUGUGCAACAACCGUCAACCUAACACAUGGACCAUGACCAGUACACUGGUCAAGUGGGUGUUUCUGCUAGCCGCCUGCUGUUUUGUACAUCUGGAUUGUGAAAUAUAUGAAGACCGACCAAAAAUCAAGACUUCCAAUGGAGAUCUAAUUUUAGAACCUGCUUUGGAUAAAAAUAUUUACCUUCGACCUAAUGGGCCAAAAUCGAGCAUCUACGUUGGAAAUGUUAAUAUUCUUAACUCUCAGUCAACGCCUGAGGGAAUAACCUAUCAACCUUACAACAGCGAUAAUGUUGACAGCAAUAUCAAAGGCAUAUUAGCAAGGCUCCAGACGCUUGAAGACAAGAAUAAUGAUCUACCCGUUGGUCUGCUGCUCAAUAUCACUUUGCUAUUUAGAAGAGUUAAUAACAUACACAGAAAAGUCCAACGUCUAGAAUCACUAAUUAAUAACGGAGCAAAGGAUGAAUGUGAAUCCAAUCCUUGUGAACACGGUGGCACCUGUCUCAACUUAGUGGGUGGCUAUCACUGCCUGUGCCCGUCAAAUUGGGAAGGCAGAGACUGUGACGUUGAUGUUAACGAAUGCCGGAAUUUCGCUGGCACUGAGCUGGGAUGUCAAAAUGGCGCUACUUGUAUCAACCGACCUGGAACUUAUGAGUGUUUGUGUAAAUCUGGUUGGUUCGGAUUACAUUGUACCAGAAAAGCAAAGGAUUGUUCCGGUGGGGAUUCAGAAAUGUGCGGCCACGGCACCUGUGUGCAAGUAACAACUGGAGAAGGAAUACAGUGUCUUUGUCAUCAAGGAUGGACUAAUAACGGCACUGGCGUCUCGUGUCUGACAGAUAUAAACGAAUGUGAAUCUUAUCAAGGCCCGAGGUGCUCUAUAAAUCCCAAGGUUGAUUGUAUAAACCUCCCCGGAUCAUUCCGCUGUGGACAAUGUCCUCAUGGCUAUGAAGGCGAUGGAUACAGCUGUACGGAUAUCGACGAAUGCAUGACUAUCCCCAAUGGUGGCUGCAGUGCUUUGGUGACAUGUCACAAUACCAUCGGAUCCCGUAUAUGUGGCCCCUGCCCACCGGACUACGAAGGCGACGGGGUCACUUGCACCUGGAGAGGUUCGUGUAAUGUUGCUCAUGGAGGAUGUCACCCAUCCGCACAGUGUAUAGAAAUGCCAUCUCCAACCGGAAAAACACUGCAAUGUAUAUGUCCCGAGGGAAUGGUGGGUGAUGGAGUAGGAAUUAGCGGAUGUUAUGUUUCAACCAGCCCUAAUUCUAAUUCUACUGAAGCUUGCGAAAACAAUCCAUGUGGCACUCAUGGACAAUGUCAUUCUCUUCGAACCGGUUACACCUGCAUCUGCUACAAGGGGUAUGGCGGCGCUCAUUGUGAAGCACAGACCACCGUGUGUGCUGUAAAUCCUUGCCAGAACGGGGGUAUGUGCAGACCAGACGACACCACGAUUGGCGGUUUUCGUUGUGAGUGCACUGCUCAAUACUCAGGUCCCUUAUGCCAGGUAAGGACAAAAUCUUGCGGUGGGGUUCUAGAUCACGAGGAAGGCAGUAUCGUCUAUCCGUUGACCAAUACGACUUACACACAUAAUUCUCAAUGCGCUUGGGUAAUUCACACGUCUCCUGACAAAGUAAUUAAUGUCACUUUCAGUAAAUUUAAUUUAGAGGGUAAUGAUUGCGCUUAUGACUUUUUACAAAUCCAUGACGGUCGCAAAUCAUCGAGUCAACUAAUUGGACGAUUUUGUGGAAACAAUUUCCCGAAGGGCGGCAAUAUUGUAUCUAGUCACAAUAAUUUAUAUUUUUGGUUCCAUUCCGAUAGUACAGUUGCUAAAGAUGGAUUUGCUUUGCACUGGACCAGUAUCAAACCGGUUUGUGGUGGCGAGGUUAACGCAACCACUCACGGACAUAUCAGUUCUCCAGGCUCACCAGGCCCGUAUCCUCCUAAUCGUGAUUGCUAUUGGCAUCUGACCACUACGUUAGGUAAAAGGAUGAGUUUGCAUUUCUAUGAGCUUGAUAUUGAAUCACAUUCAAAUUGCAGUUUCGACUACUUAGCUAUAUACGACGGAGAGCACCUUACAGAUCCGUUAAUUAAUAAGUAUUGUAACUCUACCCAACCCGCCCCUGUGCAUUCUGCAGGCUCCGACAUACUGAUUCACUUUCAUUCGGACGCUUAUAGUUCUGGUCGUGGUUUCCAAAUCACUUACGCGCCCAUUGAAGGGGUGCCAGGUUGUGGGGGUUAUUAUACCGCGGAUAAAGGGGAAAUAGUCUCUCCUACUUACAAUGGGGCGUACUUAAGUAAUUUGCUUUGUGAAUAUAAGAUUAAAACAAGUCCGGAUACUAAAAUAAAAAUUACCUUUAAAUCUUUUAAGCUCGAACGAUCUUUUAGAUGUAAAUAUGAUUACUUAAAGAUAUAUAACGGAGCAUCGUCGGAUGCGCGACUUGUUGGAAGGUUUUGUGGAACCACAUAUCCAAAAACAUACACGUCAAGCACAAAUUCUCUUUAUUUGAUAUUUAGAACAGAUAGGAGUAUGUCAUCGGAAGGGUUCCGUAUAACUUACGAAGCUAUAUGCGAAAAAACAAUUGUAGGCGAUAGUGGUAUUAUAAAAUCACCCGGGUAUCCAUUCAGUUACCCUGCCAAUAAAGUAUGUGUUUAUAUAAUUGCAACAGUGCCUGGAAAAGCGAUUCAAUUAACUUUCCAAGAUUUCGACAUAGAAGACAGCAAGUACUACGAUUGUCGGUUCGAUAACGUUGAAGUGAGAGACGGUCACGACAUAAAUUCCACUUUACUGGGUAAAUACUGCGGAGGCGCGGCGCAUAUUCCACCUGUACAAACGUCUACGCUCAACUAUAUGUACAUACGGUUUCAGUCAGAUCUCAGUCUCUCUGGAACAGGAUUCUAUGCUAAUUACACUACGAUCGAUACGGAGUGCGGUGGAGUAUACCGGGACACAACUGGUUUAAUAAAUCACCCUUCUGGAGAUGAGACAAUUUACAAGAAUUACCAAUCUUGUAAGUGGAUAUUAAUAGCUCCUGAGGGAAUGCACAUAAAGUUAACAUGGAACAGAUUUGAUAUUGAGGAUAUGGUUGGCUGCAGUAGCGAUUAUUUAAAACUUGUUGAAAUAGAUGACGAAAAUGAGAAUCAAGUGUUAGGUACUUUUUGUGGUUCGCACUCACCGCCCGCAUUUACCACAUCGACAAAUCGCCUUAUGUUACAAUUUGAAUCUGACGGGUCCAUUAGAUCUUCAGGGUUCUCAUUAUCUUAUUCCUUUUUAGAUGAGAAAUCCCACUGCGGUGGGACCUUUAUUAAAACUCAUGGUUUUAUAUAUUCACCUGGCUGGCCUGGAACGUAUGAACCAAAUCGUGAUUGUACUUGGGUUAUUAAUGUGCCUAUUGGUCAACAAAUUAAGCUAAACAUUUCGCAAUUUAAUUUAGAAAGACCUAUGAGGAAUAAAUGCAAUCUCGGCGAUUAUUUGGAAAUAAGAAAUGGUGGUAAUGAAAAUUCACCUUUAAUUGGUCAGUUUUGUGGAGAAAUAAAAUCAAAAAUAAUACUGUCGUUAAGUAAUGCCUUACAUUUACACUUUCAUUCGGAUUUCUACCUGAGCGGCACGGGUUUUAAAAUCGAAUGGGACGGUACGAUAACAGGCUGUGGCGGCACACUAACGAGCCCUUCAGGUGCAAUUUCGUCUCCUAACUAUCCUAGUAAUUAUGACGAGAACGCAGAAUGUUUUUAUAGAAUAGUAACUAGCGCUGGUUCCAAAAUACGCAUAAGUUUCACAGAACUAGAUCUGGAAAGGACGACCGAUUGUAGAGACGAUUAUGUGGAAAUAUAUGAUGGACGUAGCACCAGUUCAAAUUCUUUAGGUAGACACUGCUAUAUGACUCCCGAACUAAGUAGCAUCGAGACAUCAACAAAUUAUGCUUAUAUUAAAUUUAGGUCUGAUAUAUAUCUAAGUGCUAAAGGCUUUAUGCUUAAUUAUCAAACAAUAUGCACUAACAAUGUCACGGGUAGGUACGGAGUAAUAGAAAGUCCAGGUUUUCCCAGUAAUUAUCCAGUGAAUCUAAAUUGUUUGUGGAACAUUCAAGUUCCCAAAGGCAAUAAAAUAAACGUUACUUUUAUACAGUUUGAUGUUUAUAAGCCCCGCGUUCUCUUUAGAUCCCAUUGGGCAAGUCCACGUCAUCGCUUUAUAUUUCACGAUCGGGAUGGCGAACCUUGUUUUGCAGAUUAUUUACAAGUAAAAGAGUUGUCAGCUUCGGAUUACUCAGAUAGGCUAUGUGGGACUUCAUUACCGAAGCCGAUUUCUACGAAGAGCAAUGCUCUAGAAAUUAAAUUUGUUUCUAGCGGCUACAAUUCCCGCCCGGGUUUCCGCUUAGAAUGGGUUAGUUACGGAUGUGGAGGGCAUAUUCAAAAACUCCAAGGAGUUGUAUCUAUCGACAGAAGUAAAACCACCGAGGGCCAAAUGGAAUGCGAGUGGUUGAUAGAAACUCGACAAGGCAAGACCAUAUCAUUGACUUUAACUGACAUUUAUAUGACAGAUACCCAUAAUUGCACUACGGAUGCCGUGGAAUUAUAUAAUGGCCAAAAUGUAAAGACACCACUGCUGAUGAAAGUUUGUCAUAACGGUCAAGUUACCGUAAAUUCUGAAAGUAACUAUAUGUUAGUCCGUUUUGUUAAACAAUCUAAACUGAAAGAUGUGCAUUUUAGGUUUCAAUUUAUAUCUAAGACUGCGACGUGUGGUGGUUUUAUAAGGUCUAAGACGGGACUCAUUUAUUCCAAAAACUAUCCACAAAACUACGAUAACAACGUAGAUUGUAUUUGGUAUAUAUCCGUUCCCGCAUAUCAUCGUAUUGAAUUAAACUUCCUAGAUCUCGACCUUUACUCCGUUUCACCAUAUGACGACGUAAAUUGUAUGGAUUCCAUUCAAAUAUAUGACAAUAAUGAAUACAGGGUCACUUCAAAUUCCACGUACCGAAUUUGUCCAAAUUCAAAUAAAACUCAAAUUAUCAGUAAAUACAAUCAUAUCAUAGUUCAAUUUAAAACAGAUGAUAUUGGAUCAGCUAAAGGUUUUAAAGCUAAUUUUACUAUGACUUGUGGUGCUAUUAUAAACGCUAAAGAAGAGGGCUUUAUAACCAGCGAUAGUUUUGUUAAUCAUUUAAACAAGAGUUGUAUUUGGACUAUCCUUGCACCAACACCCGAUCAGAAAUUAUAUUUAGUGUUAAGUCUUCUUUCAUUACCGAAGGAUAACAACGUAAUAACAAACAGAAACUGUCCGUCAUCAUUCCUACGUGUCCACGAUGGAGAUGAUGAGCGUGCUCCAGUUAUAGGUGAAUACUGUGGGCGUAAAGUACCGCCUAUGAUAGUCAGCCGUGGCAGUGCUUUGACAAUUGAAUUUGGAAGUUACACUGGGAUACUGGCUGGUAAGUUUUCCGCUCACUAUUCGACCUUGAGUAAUGCCUGCGGUGGCAGUUUAGAAUCGGAAGAAGGUACAAUUGCGUCUCCUAAUUACCCUGGACCAUAUUCCGGAAAUACAGACUGUGAAUGGAUAAUAAGGACAUCUAAAGGGAACACUGUAUACGUUCAAUUCGAGAGUUUUAAUAUACCAUUUUCAGAAAGUUGUAACGCAGAUUACGUUGAAAUUCGUGAAACUAAUGGAGCUGGUCGUUUAUUAGGCGUGUAUUGUGGCAGCGACAUGCCAACAAACCAUACGGUAGCUUCUCAAAUUUAUAUCAAAUUCCAUAGUAUUCCGAAAUCAAGCGGCACCGGCUUUCUAUUGCAUUAUGGGCUUCAACGUGAAAAUGAUAUUCAGGGAGAGAGCGGUGAGAUAAGUUCUCCAUUGUACCCAACUAGUUAUUUAGGAUCAGGAGAGUAUAUAUGGCGGGUGAUGACUACAGGUGUAGAUACCAUAUCUAUCAAUAUCGAUAAAUUGCAAAUUUACUCACCCAAUGAAUUUAACUACAACAAACUAACUAUUUUCGAUGGAUAUGAUACUACGGCACCUAUUCUAGAAGAACUUGAUGGUGUACUUAGUACUGCAAAAUUCGUUCAAUCAUCAUCCAGUGUAGUGUACAUAACAUUUAAAACGGAUGAAUCAAAUGCAGGUUCUAUUUUUCAUAUGAGUUGGUCCAAAACUUCGAGGAAUCAAAAUGAAGAACCUCAUAACUUCAUUAACUGUGGUGGAAAUCAGACUGAAAUAAUUGAACCUGGCCGUAAAGUUACCUUGAAUUCACCGAAUUACCCAAACAACUAUAGAGAAAAUUUGAAUUGUGAAUGGGUUUACAAAUCACAAAAAGGAAGACACUUGGCUAUUAAUUUCCUCGACUUUGACAUUGAAGAAACUUCAUCUUGCUUUGCUGAUUCUGUUUCAAUUUAUUCAUCCGAUACCCCUGAUAACUGGAAGCCUGUCAAAGAAAAUAUAUGUACAUCAGAAAUAACUAAUAACUUAACAUUUGCUUCUACUUAUAUGAAAGUAAACUUUAAAUCUGACUCGUCAAUGACUAGAAAAGGUUUUAGCGCUCAAGUGGAUUCAAGAUGUGGUGGUUUAUUGACAGAUUUAUCCGGUCAAAUCAGUCCCAAUUGGUGGGAUGCCAUGAUGCCGAAUAAUGUUUACACCAGUUUAACAGCUAAAUGUGAGUGGACCGUUAAAGUGCGCCCUGGCAGGACUAUUCAAUUAUCAUUCACUCAGUUUAAUAUUACAAAUACUAAUGAUGUAUGUUCAACGUACGUAAUUUUACGAAAUGGUGAUUCCGCAGAAGCCCCAACAUUGGGAAGUGGAAAAUAUUGUGGUUAUGAACAUGAAAAAAGAAUAGAUAUUAUAACUUCAAGUAAUUCCUUACACGUAAGUUAUAAAAGAGGAGUACGUGUGUUUGAAACCUUUACUAUAUUCUAUGAAGAGAAAAACGAUGAGUGUGGGCUAACGUCAACGUUGUCUCCUAGCCAUAGUUCGGAAAUAAUAACUUCUCCCAAUUUCCCUUCAAUACCAGCUCCUGAUUCUGAAUGUGAGUGGGUAUUUUACGGUCCACCCGGGGAAAUACUUAGACUAGAUUUUGUGGAUAGGUUUGACUUGGACAAUGCUGAGGACUGUGAAACAGAGGUUGUAGAAAUUCGAGAUGGUUCAUCGAAAUCAUCUCCGUCUUUGGGUAGAUUUUGCGGCAAGAUGAAACCUGGAACAGUUAAAAGUACUAACAAUGCAAUGUACAUAAAAUAUUCUACUGAUCUAAAAGAACCACUCAAUGGAUUUAAAGCUAAUGUCAGUAUCGAUACCUGCGGCGGUACCAUUAUUACAGAUGCAGGAGAACUGACUUCUCUCGGAUACCCGCAUAUGCACGCAUUGCCUGUCGGUUCCGUUUGUAAAUGGCAUAUUAUUGGACCUGCAACACACAUAUUCCUAAUCAAGCCUCAAGACGUUCAGUUGCCACAAUCUGAAACGCUUUGUUCCACAAGAGUUACAAUUGAAGAAGCAAUGCCAUUAAAUAACUCUAUUACAGUGCUGAAGAAAAUGUGUCCCGAUGAAAGUAUGGACUUAUCAGCUGUUGAAACAUCAAGUAACAACUUUACAGUGAGUCUUUAUAUCGGCAAACCAGACUCAUGGGAGAAAAUAUCAGAAAGUCGGGGCUUCCGAAUUAGUUUUAAUUCGACUAGACCCAUGUGUGGAGGCUUUAUCACUACUUCUGAAGGCUUCUUGAGUACUCCAAGCUAUCCUCAACGUACGACAAUAAAACAGUGCCAUUGGAUAAUAUCGGUUCCAAAUAAAUCGCGAAAAGUGCGUUUGGAGAUAUUGGACUUCGACACCAGUGUGCAUAAAAUAUUGUUAUACAACGAUAGAAUGUUUCAAUCAGCAAUUCAAACAAUACCGGGCGAUGGAUAUGUUCCUGGAACAACAGUGUUUGAAUCUACUAGCAAUGUAUUAGCCAUUUAUAUGGUUUUAGACAGAACAGCUACAUCACAUAGAUUUAAAGCGAAAUUCACCUCUGACGAAGCCGUAGUAUGUGGUGGUGAAUUGAGUGGCCUCAACCAAGAGUUUGUAUCACCAUCCAUUAAUCAACCUUAUUAUUGCGAAUGGCACUAUAAUGAUCAAGUACAAACAGCCGAUGAUAACGCUGUGAGUACUAAUCUAACUUACAACUCUAUAUUCGUAAGCAUCAAUACGAAUUCUUCAUCAUCAAGAACACGCUGUCGUAUCUUCAAUCCUAAGGUUAGUAUUACUACUUAUAUACCUAAAUUACGCAUCAAAUAUUGGCGGGACGUUUGUGGGAAUAGCGCAGCAACUUAUGUAGUCCCUGCACCAGCUGUAGAUGUGACGGCAAUAAACACUAGAUUAAAUUCACUAUACUUUCAUAUUAAUUUGAAGGCUCAACCGUGUGGCGGUAUAAUUCAUGUUGGAGAAGAUCCUGUCAAUAUCCUAAAUGUGCCUGAUUUCUACAACGAUACUUUAGAGUGUGCUUGGAUUUUAGCAAGUCCGUUUAGUAGUUGGAUUGAACUCAAAAUGGAGGGCUCAUUUACAUUAGAGUGUGAAGACGAGUAUGUUAAGGUCACUCAAAGUUUUAGGUCAGAAGCUCAAGAACUCGGACAUUAUUGCAAAGAAACAGUUUUAGAGAAACCCUUACUUUCUCAUUUUUCACAAAUGUAUAUCCAAUACCAUUCAGGUGUUAAAAACAAAAUGGAUUUAAAAAUAAUGGCUAGGACAGUGACUAAUCAAUGUGGAGGAUAUCUAACAACGUAUCAGCAUUCAUUUACAUCACCGAAUUAUCCUAAACAAUAUUCUUCUAACCAGGAGUGUUCUUGGGAGAUUCGAGCCCGUGCAGGUUAUAGAGUAUCUCUUAAAUUUGUCGAUCGAUUUUUCAUUGAGCAAGCAGCAAAUUGUAGUAAAGAUGUCGUCAUUAUUUAUGACUGGCGCAAUGAUGCUUACACGGAAAUGGCCAGAGUUUGUGGGCGACAAACGCCUCCCCUGUAUAACUCCACGUAUAACCGCAUGAAAGUUGUUUUACGCACCGAUGCUGAUGUCAAUCAAGACGGGUUUAAAGCUGUUUGGAAACCCAUUUGCGGAGGGAAUUAUACGGCUGUUGAAAAAGAACAAAUAUUAUACAGCCCAGGUUAUCCUUACUACCCGUCUCAUAUGGAUUGCUUAUAUGAAAUAUCAUCACCAGAUAAAAAAGUGUUUCUAAAAUUCCUAGAUUUUGAACUGGAAGGAUUUUUACCCACUUGUAGUUCAGAUAAUUUAACUAUCAGCGCGCAAAGCGAUUAUCGCUAUUUAGAACAAGUUUAUUGUGGCAGUGAGAAACCACCGGUUGUUGGACAGUUCAGUAAAGUUUCACUAAGGUUUAGAAGUGACAAUUAUGUUCAAAGAAGAGGUUUCCAAAUAUCUUAUUCGAUAUAUCACUGUGGCGGCAAAGUCACCAACAACACUGUACUCUCGUCAACGCUUCUCGAUACGUAUGAUGAGAAUUCGAACUGCACAUGGUUUAUUGAAGCUCCUUCUAAUAAGAUUGUUGUGCUUAAAUUUUUAUACAUUGACAUAGAAGGUCAAAAUGAAUGUUUCAAUGAUUACAUAGCCGUAUAUGAAGGCUUAAAAAUGGAUUCUGAUAAACGAUUGGCUUUAUUAUGUGGACAUAUAAAUUCAACGACGACAUUGAGAAGUAAGGGUAACACCAUGUUGUUGCAGUUCGUAUCCGAUUCCAGCAUAAGUUUUACAGGCUUCAAAGUACAAGUUUUCUUUAGCUAUUCAGAAGCAGCACAAUGCGGUGGAAAAAUUAAUUUGGCCACUAACACACCGCAUGUCCUAAAAACUCCUCUAAUGGGUCAGCUUGUAUACGAAAACUAUUUGGAUUGCUAUUGGUCUAUAACGUCACCACCAGAUACAGUAAUCAAAGUCAGUUUUACUUCAUUCCAUAUUUCUCCGUGUAAGAACAUUAACCAAACUGCCAUAGGUUACAGUAAUUGUAAUUGCGACUUAGUCGAAAUAAGGGAUGGGUUCAAUCCAAAUAGCUUAGUAAUCGGCACUUACUGUGGUCACAGUUUUCCUCCUGUCUUGACUUCAUCCAGUAAUUUAAUGAGCAUUAGACUAUCUACAGAUGGGGAAAUAGGAAGUCAAGGCUUUGAAGCAACAAUAACCGCUCAUCCAACCAUAUGCGGCCGGUCCGUCAUAUCUGUUAGUCAUACACCACAACGAAUCAAAUCUCCUGGUUUCGACACUGGAUCUAUUCCUCGGGGAAUUCAUUGCACAUAUAGUUUAGAUGCGCAUGUUGAACAAUAUUCCUUAAUUCGAAUCACUGUAAUGAGCUUAGACCUUCGUCCAGCUGUCACAGAAAAUAACAACAUCGAUCAUUGUAAUAGUGAUAAGCUUAUUAUAUUAAGCCAGCCACCUGCCCCGAAUAGUACACUCGGCAAAGACUUUAUCGUAAAUCACCAAACCGAUGACUUCUUCAACCACAUGUACUUUUAUGAGAGCACCGUAAGAUACCCCAAUCGUUUCGAGUUAUGCGGCCUUAAGAUGCCCACUGACUUCUAUAUUUACGGAAAUUCGGCUAUAAACAUAAUAACAACGGCGGAAUCAGAUUCUAAAAUUCAUAAAGGCGUUGAAAUAGAAGUAGCGUUUGCCGGGUUUUGCGGAAGAAAUUAUUCGGAGCCUUACGGUCGAAUACAAUCUACGUAUCCUAGUCAAUCAGACCCGAAUGUCCCCGAAGACUGUUAUACGUUGAUAACUGCACCAGUAAACUACACAAUAUCCGCGUACUUCAUGUCGUCUAAUCCCGACUACUGGGACGAAGACUGUUACCUUGAUAUUUUCGAUGGAAACAGUACUAGUGCGAACCGAAUAAUAAAAGUAGUUCAAGACUAUAACAAUAGACCCGUAUUUUCUACUGGUAGGUACAUGUUUUUGCACAACCACGUACACAAUAAUAAUCGUCUAGGAUUUGACUUGAAUUAUAUGGUAACAAACAAGGGUCCCGGAUGUGGUGGAAAAAUGCAUAGUGAGUAUGGUAGGAUAACAAGCCCCCUGUACCCUAACACCUACAGACGUAAGGCGACCUGUGAGUGGGAGCUGGAGACACCCAUUAAUACGCAAUUACUAUUUCGUUUCGCAGAUUUCGACUUAGGUUUUACUUGUGAUCAAAAUUACGUGCAGUUAGUGAACAGUAAAAAUGAAAUUGUUAGGACAUUCUGUUCUGAAACUCCUGCUGAUUACACAAGCGAUAAUAAUUUCGUCAAGGUAGUGUUUGUCACCACACAAAAUAAUGGUGGUACAGGUUGGACGGCUGACUUUAUUGGAAUUUUGGCAUAAGGUUUAAUUUAUAUUUAGUUGAUAUUUCCUGCCUUGUAUCUUUACGAUCUUAUUUCUGUAAUUUGUGUAAAGAAUACGUAAUGUGACUAUUGAAUUGUUAUCGAAUUAAAUAAUAUGUAAUCUAUUCGACAAUGAUAAGAAUUAUUAAAAAAAAUGACUACUGUUACCUUUUUACAAUAGAUGCUUACCAUGUUAAAUAAUAAUAUAAAUCCGAUAA